GAAUGACUCUUAAGAUCGUGACGUCACGAGCAUGUGACCGCUCCAUUUCUGGUUUACUAUUAUUGAGCGGUAGCGGCUUCUUCCUUUGGAUCUGCAGGACGUUUGAAUAGCAAUCCAGGACUGCGCACUCGGGACUGUUCGGUGGGUGCAGCAAUGGCAACCCCUACAAACCUAGUCACUAACCGGGGCAGGCGCUUCAAGUGGGCCAUUGAAUUUGGAAGUGGUGGAAGCAGGGGUCGUGGUGAAAGAGGGGGAUUACAAGACAGCAUGUAUCCUGUAGGCUAUUCAGACAAACAGGUUCCAGACACUAGUGUUCAAGAGUCUGACCACAUCCUGGUGGAGAAGCGAUGCUGGGACAUUGCUUUGGGGCCACUUAAACAGAUUCCCAUGAACCUGUUUAUCAUGUACAUGGCAGGGAACACAAUCUCCAUUUUUCCAAUCAUGAUGGUGUGUAUGAUGGCAUGGAGGCCAAUCCAGGCACUACUUGCAACACCAGCCACUUUCAAGCUCUUAGAAAGUUCUGGUCAACGCUUCCUCCAGGGUUUGGUGUAUCUGAUUGGGAACCUCUUGGGUUUGGCAUUAGGUGUCUACAAGUGCCAAUCAAUGGGCCUUUUGCCAACCCAUGCAUCUGAUUGGUUAGCCUUUAUUGAACCACCAGAGAGAAUGGAGUAUACAGGAGGAGGAUUCUUACUGUGAUUGCGUGAAACUGUCUUCACAGAGGAAAUGUUAAUUCCAGCUAACACUUUGAAACAGAAUAACCCUAUUGCUGUAAAUCCCACGGUUGCAUUUUAAUAAAUUAUUAUAACGUCCAUGACUGGCCAGUUCUUGCUAGACAUCCAUAUAAGAUAACAGACAUCUCUCUUCUUAUAAAACUUUAUUUGUUCUUCUGUAGUUUUGAACCCAUCCUCCACAACAAACAGGGGACAUAGACAUAAAGGCUUUUAUUGCCAGCCAUAAAACAGGCUAGACAAGGCAGCUUCUCUAUAAUGCAGCUAUUGCUAGUUUCAAUACUUUUGGUAUCUACUCUAUCCAGCAAUACAACAAAGAAAUAGAGACAGCAGUCAUAGAAUGAACAAACACAUA